CGAUGGGGCCGUGGGGCUGCGUGGCGCUGCGGCUCGGGGCGGUGCUGUGGCGCCGGGCCUUCUCCCCGGGAGCGUGGCCCGCGGCGGCCGCGGGGCUCCGGCUUCGGCUGCUGUCCGUGGGGCGGCUUCCGGUGGGUCCCACGCUCAGGAAUGUCUGCCCGGCCCCCGACCGAGCGCGCGGCCUGCACGGCGGGCCGGGCCUGGAGGAGCGGGCGGAGGGAACUGCCGGCGAGGGGCGCCCGGAGUCAGGCACCGGAGAUCAUACUGGUCCCAAGUUUGACAUCGAUAUGCUGGUUUCACUUCUGAGGCAAGAAAAUGCAAGAGAUAUUUGUGUCAUCAAGGUUCCUCCAGAAAUGAAAUAUACAGAUUACUUUGUAAUUGGUAGUGGAACUUCUACUCGACACUUACAUGCCAUGGCCUACUACAUUGUGAAAAUGUACAAAUACCUGAAACGUAAAAGUGAGCCUCAUGUUAAGAUCGAAGGGAAGGACACAGAUGACUGGCUCUGUGUGGACUUUGGCAGCAUGGUGAUUCAUUUGAUGCUUCCAGAAACCAGAGAAACGUAUGAAUUAGAGAAAUUAUGGACCCUUCGUUCUUAUGAUGACCAGUUAGCUCAGAUAGCACCUGAGACCUUACCUGAAGACUUCAUUCUUGGAAUAGAAGAUGACACUUCAUCUCUGGCUCCUGUGGAGUUUAAAUAUGAAUAAAAUGGUAUGAACUGCUUUAGUCAUUUCA